AGCACCUUACUUCCUACUAGAGGAGCCAGGCUCAACUCUGUCCUUCGCCCCUUCUGACCUGCGAUGGACCGCAGGUGCAACGGCUCUCAGCCCGGCCGAGACGCCAGCCCCCCUGAGCUUCCUACGGGGGAGGCCGGCGCAGGAUCACAGAGAAGCAGCCAGUCGGUCCCCCCUGGUCCCAUGAAGAGCCCCGAGGAAUCUCCUAGACACUGUACAUCGAUUGGCCACAGAGAUAGUCACUGUCCAGUGUGUCUGCAGACCGCAAACUUCCCCGUCUCCACAAACUGUGGCCAUCUGUUCUGUGCACCUUGUCUGAUUGACUACUGGAGAUACGGGUCGUGGCUCAGCGCCAUCAGCUGCCCUGUCUGUCGACAAGAGGUCAACGUGCUGAGCCAUCUCUUCAGUGACAGCCGUUCAGACCGGAGGUCAAAGGAAGUGGAGGUGGACAUCAACGACUACAACAGGCGCUAUUCAGGAGCUCCUAGAAAGGUAAUGGAUUACCUGUGGGACGCGGUGCUAUUCCUGCAACUGUUAGCACGUGGCCUGACAGCUGUAGGGGGUCUCUUGUGGCUCUUUUUCUUCCGGGUGGCGCUGUGCUGUUUGGGCGCCCUCGUGUCCUUCUCGUCCCAUCCCCUGGACACCGACUCUUCAUCAUCAUCAUCGGUUACGCUAGGGACGAACCAGUCUCUCUGCGUACUGCUUGGUGUCCUGGAUGACCUAGUGGUGGUUGUUCUGCUACUAAUCUGCAUUAUCAACAUCCACCAGCAGAUGGAACUCGAACGAAGCGGUUCGGUGAGCGCGUUAGCAACGCAUGGAGUACUAUGAAAAAAAAAAAAAAAAAAGCACGUUGGUAAUACCUAAAUAUUAUUUAGACACAUAUUUAACUCCCCACCACCAUUGCUUGUAGUUCACGAGUCGAUCAAUAAAUAUUGGCUUUCUUACAGUAUUAACACACGUCAGUAAAAUGUUAUUUAUUACGCUGUUUAUCAGCUAGAAUCAGGAAAUAGCCUAAAUAUUAUAAUUCAAGGGACAGUUCCCAUGACUAUAUCUAUGACAAUUUUAAUCCAAUGCAAUAAUCUGCGUCCAUGGGUUGAAAUGUCUCAACAAAAUGUGUAUAUAUUGGGAUAACACAUUUAACACAAUAUUCAGUACAUAUUGGCCAUACAGACCUACUGUUACUUACUGUAGGUCACAUGCUGCAGUCAUACAUGAAUCUAGUCAUAAAUCUACUAUCAUUAUUUCAGUAUUCAUAUUUUAAGCCUUGAACACAAAAAUAAUCAGAUUGACAAGCAAUUCAAUCUUCUUCUGUAGUUAUCUUGAGUCAAGACUUAUUAGUUAUUAAAAACACAACCCCAAAAAACUAAUCAGGGUAUAAAUAUUGCAGAUGAAGUGUGACAUGUAAAACUUUUGUUACUUUAUGUUCAGUAUUAAAGACAAUUUAUUAUCUUGUUACGAGACAAUUCAUAUUUAUUGAUUCAUUUAUUGACUGGUUGAUAACCAAUCACAUUCAUCAAGGGUCACAGACAUAGACUGUAGGCUGUUAAUAGUGCGGUCAUAUCAGCUGUGUCUUUUCAACAACAACUUUUGGAAUGUGUAAGUAACAGGAAUAGAAACAGAAACGAAAACGACUAACCAUCCAUUAUUUAUGAAAUUUAUGAAAUUACCUAUUGUGGCACAGAUAGGCAUUAUUGAAUAAUGCUAUGAGAAAGCUAAAAGUUUAGCAAAGUAACAGUAGUCAGCAUCUUACAUUUUACACAUCUUGACUUUUAGACCAUCCACCGUUAACAAGACAGUGAAAUGCAACAGAUGACCAACCAAAAAAAAAUAAAAAAAUUGUAUGCAACAAGAUAUCUGUGGCAUGCAUAUCCAUAACACUGAGCAUGUG